CAUCGCCAUCCACUCAUCUCAAUCAUGUAGCUACACAUCUGGACAUGUCUCUGCCAAAACACAUCACAUCUCCCUCCCUAUCCUCCUCUCCAUCCAGGCAAUCCAUCCGACGCUCCGACGCUCCGUCCCGCCCCCAAAGCAUCAUCGACCGACCUCCCACAGCCCAACAGACACAUCCUCUCGACCCAAACCUCGCCCACGGCGCUCCAACCGAUAAUCCCUCGCAAACGGAACCCCAGCCCUUCCAAGCCGACGGACACCAUGACUUCCCACCCCCAUCGCAGCAGCAACCCCCCUUCCAGCCGUUCUUCACUGUAAUCGAAGACGCCAACACCUCCGAAUACUACCACCCCACGGUGCACUACAUCUUCUCCGACGACGACACAGACAUCGUCACAGAGGCGACGCUGCGCUCGCUCGAAACCGACCAAGAUCCGCUCUCUAACGGCGGACCCAAGGGGAAAUCGAAACCAGCGCGUCCCGGCACCACCCGAGACGGACAAGAUGAGGUCGUCUACGACGAGGACGACGAAUUCGCCAGUCCCAGGAAGGACCCGCUCCUCCCGCCGCCUAUCCCAGGGGUGCGCGAUAACUACAUCAUUCUGGACAUGGAGACCGCGGCGUCCGAGGACCCGCAUCAUGCGGUGACCGCCUCUGCGUCGAAUCGCGACUCGUUGGGUCUUGCGUUCCAGACGCAGACGCAGACACAGACACAGACACAUACUGGAGUCCAAUCCCAGCAGCAUCAGCAGCAUACAAACCCCCCAACCCAAACCCAUCCUCAGACCCAACCACCCGACCGCAAAACCUCCCACCCCUCCCAAUUCACAGUAACAUCCGCACACAGCCUCACACCCGCGUGGCAAGUCCUGCACACGGACGUAAUCCCCGCCCCGACGUUCGAAAACCACACAUCCAACGAGCCUGUCAACGGGGGCCUGAUGCUCAAGAUCCAAGGAACGGCCGGUCUGCCGAUGACCGUGCUGGGCAAGGAGCGGGACAAGGAGCGAAGUAGCCAGCGGCUGGAGGACAUGAUGGAUCAGUUCUCGAAGCGGCUGGGGGAGCUGAGGCAGGUGAUUGAGGCCGGGGGGCAGGGGAAUUACGGGGUUGAGGAGGCGGAGGAACGGAAGGGUUCUGCUGCGUUGGGGACGGAGUUUGUGCCGGAUCAGGAGGCUCUCGGGGGGAACUUGGAUGGGGGUGCGCCGGGGAAUACUGAUGGGAUGGAGAAUGAAGGGCAGGGGUCGUGAAGCUGUCCUUACUUGGUUACUUGGCCAUUAUUCAGAUCAUCCAACUGGAGUACUGCAAUUGGUGCGGUAAUGAAACUAUUCAACAUGGAUAUGGAAGAAUAAACAAGCCAACA